UGUAACGACUGAGAAACGUAACUCUGCCACCUAGGGUUUUCUUUCUGUCACCGCGAACUCAAAAGCCUCUUCAAGCGUCGAGUGUAUGCUCAACUUACUCGGAGUCUCCAGAUCCAACAUACGUCGCCACCAUGGUAGGAAGCUUUGAAUUCGGCGCCGUCCCCUUCAAUCCCGAUGGCUGGGGCCCACCGGAGACAACCACCGGCUCCACCACCACGACCCUUCCUCUCCACGUCCCUUUUGCUCCCUUUUCCCGCUCUGAGAAACUAGGCCGAAUCGCUGAUUGGACGCGGAACUUCAACAACCCCGGUGCCCGCCCUUCAUCCAAGAAUUCCGCUGACUCUGUUUUCGAUUUCACCGCCGAUGAUUCAUUCCCCGCCGCAGUCGCUGAAGCUGGGGACGAUGAUGCCUCAUUCCGCCUCGUUGACGGUAAGCCUCCUCCACGGCCAAAGUUUGGUCCCAAGUGGCGUUUUAACCAGCACCACCGCCAUAACCAGCUCCCUCAACGUCGCGACGAGGAGGUGGAGGCCCGCAAGCGAGAGCAGGAAAAGGAGCGUGCCCGCCGUGAUCGACUGUACCUUAACAGAAACCAGACCAACCAGACUCGCCGCGAGGCCGCUGCCUUCAAGUCUUCCGUGGAUAUUCAACCCGAAUGGAAUAUGCUCGACCAGAUCCCCUUCUCUACGUUCUCCAAGCUCUCCUUCUCCGUUCCUGAGCCAGAGGACCUUCUUCUCUGUGGAGCCCUUGAAUAUUACGACCGAACCUAUGACCGUACCACUCCCAAGAACGAGCGCCGUCUCGAGCGCUUCAAGAAUCGCAACUUCUUCAAGGUCACGACCACCGACGAUCCUGUCAUUCGCAGACUUGCAAAUGAAGAUAAGGCCACUGUGUUCGCCACUGACACCAUUCUUUCGACCCUUAUGUGUGCGCCUCGCUCGGUUUAUUCUUGGGACAUAGUUAUCCAGCGAGUGGGCAACAAGUUGUUCUUUGACAAGCGUGAUGGCUCCCAAUUAGAUCUGCUUUCGGUGCAUGAGACUUCCCAAGAACCGCUUCCAGAGGCCAAAGAAGAUAUCAAUUCUGCUUAUUCUCUGAGCGUUGAAGCUGCCUAUAUUAAUCAGAAUUUCUCGCAGCAGGUUUUAAUCAGAGAUGGGAAAAAGGUGGCCUUUGAUGAGCCGAAUCCGUUUGCAAAUGAAGGGGAGGAAGUUGCCUCCGUGGCUUAUAGGUAUAGGAGGUGGAAGCUUGAUGAUGAUAUGUAUCUUGUUUCACGUUGUGAAGUACAGAGUGCUGCUGAUGUUAACAAUCAGCGGCAGUUUUUGACUUUGAACGCCCUUAAUGAGUUUGAUACCAAGUAUACUGGAGUUGAUUGGAGGCAGAAGCUAGAGACACAGAGGGGAGCAGUUCUGGCCACUGAAUUGAAGAAUAAUGCAAAUAAGUUGGCAAAAUGGACUGCGCAGGCCUUAUUGGCAAGUGCUGAUUUGAUGAAAUUGGGCUAUGUCUCGAGGGUUCAUCCGAGGGAUCAUUUCAACCAUGUAAUACUUGCAGUUGUGGGCUAUAAGCCGAGGGAAUUUGCUGCUCAGAUUAAUUUGAAUACUGGUAACAUGUGGGGGAUUGUGAAGUCCAUUGUGGACUUGUGCAUGAAAUUAAAUGAGGGCAAGUACGUGCUUGUGAAGGACCCAUCCAAGCCACAAGUGAGGAUUUAUGAGGUUCCUCCGGAUGCUUUUGAGAAUGAUUAUGUGGAGGAGCCACUACCUGAGGAGGAUCAGGUUCAGCCUCCUGCUGAGGAUGCUGACGGCACAGAGGCGGUAGGCACUGCUAAUGAUGUGGAAGAUAAAGAGGUUGAUGGUCAAGUUUAAGGUUACUACUGACACUAUGAGAUGAAAGAUUGUGCCUUUGUACGGAUUGCUUAAUAUGAGGUUUUCCUUUUCUUAUUUUCGCUUUAGUUUUGGCAAAAUUUGAGCAGAAUGAUUUUCUGUCUUGGUAUUUCUGGAGCUAUAUUUUGACAUUAGAUAAUUUUGCAAUGCGGAUGGCUUGUGUUGGUCUCGAAACACAUACCACUUAUUGUUCUUGUUCUUAGCGGUUUAUCUCUCUUUGUUCUUUUUGAAUGAGAGAUCUUUUGAACUUAUUAUCAUAAUGAAGCUCUGAAUCCUUUUACAGAAAAUGGGAAGCUGAGGAAAACAAAAUAUUUUGGACUUA